AUGCAGCAGCGCCUUGUCAGUGGAAUAGGUAACUGGAGCACAGGGACAGAUUUGGAAGCCUUUUAGCUAUUCGUCCAAACGCAGCUCCAACCUAGUUAAGAGGCAGAAGGAACACCAGUAAAUAUAAACUUUAUAAAACUAGUAAGGGUCUUAGGUGGUGAUUUUCAGAUUGGGUUGCUUGCUUUUCUAUCUAUAUGCCAGUAUCAAGCACGUCUGCUCACUUUUUAAACUUUAAAAAUAAGGUUUGAUAUUUAAUUUUGAUUCUCCCCUCUACUAAAAAAAGAACAUUAUUACCCCUAUUUUCUGUUUCCUUGUUCCCUGAACACAUUCUACUUCACUAUUUCCUCUGAUGUAUGCAUUCAAGACUUUGUUGGUACAGUUCAUUCUUUUAUCUCCAGGAAUUCCAGAAAGUAAAUGUAUCUAAAAUGUGCAAAAGCACAUUUCUUCAUUUUAUGUAUUUACUUUAAAGUGAAAUGUUACUGUGAUAAAAUCUUCCCCUCUCUGAGUAUGUGUCACAGGAAAGAUUUUUUUUUUAAAAAAGAAAGGCUUCUCUAUAAUACACACAGAACAUGUUUCUGAGCACAUCAAAUAUUUGAUUCAAUUGUAUCAUCACAGUAUUGCAUUAAAAAAAUUUUUUGCAUGCGGUACUGCUGUUAGAAAUAAACAUUGUUGUCCUGAUUUCCUAAUAGCAGAACUUAAAAUUUAAAAAUAUUCUCAAAAAAUAUGGCUACUUAAUUUACAUUAAAUUUGAGUUUACUAUAAAGUUUUAGAGAAUUCUGUAAAAAAGAAAAAUGGAGUACUCUUGCGUACUCUUUUGUCUUGCAAUGUUUGAAAAUGGGGUUGACACAAAAUAUCCUAUAGAUCCAAUGUAAUCCAAUUACUUAGCCCAAUAAACUGACAUUGGCACACCUAGAAAUACAAUAUGCUAUUUAGACUAUAGUGUAAGCUGCACACUCUUAUGGUGAAACUGAGACACAGUAUUGCUGUUGGGGUGUGUCUAAGCAAGAGGAUUUUGUAUAUUCUGCUACAGGAAAUCAGAUAAGGAAGUGGCGUUCAUUUGUACAAAAGCUUGUACCUCCUCAGUAAAACCCUUUGCACAAUUGGACUGGACAGAAGUGUGUCUCUGCAGUUGUUUCUCUUUCAUUCAUUACACAAACCUUUUUUUAAAAAUUGCUUAAUUCAGAACAUUAUGCUAACACCAAACUAAUUUCUUUUGUAGAAGCUAAACUUGGCUUUGCUAUCUCAGAAUCUACCUAUUUGACAAUUGUUGCUCAAUAUCCCAUCUGUAGUUUUUCAGUGUACCAUCAUAAAUAUUUAGGAUAUGUUGCUGAAAUUCUAUUUUUUUAAUAGAAGAAAAGCUAAAGCCCAAAUUUGAUGGAUUGGUUCAUAUAUGUGGGAACUGCACAUGCUGCAAUGUGUAUCUAUACAGUGGAGAACAAAGCUGGGAUGCAACAAGAAUAUAUAUAAUAAAGUGGAAAUGACAUUGAAAGGUUUACCGAUGAUAAAGUGUAGCUUCUUUCUUCCUGAAUAAGGUAAGACCCAUCCCAGAGCAUCAAUUCAUUCACACACUCUUACUAACUUCUGUACAAUCUUGCAGCUGGGACAACAGGAAAUAGCUAUUUUUCAUUUAGUACACACCCUUCCCCAGCAUUGCCCUAUUGUUCAUAUUCUGCACUAAUGAAAUCAGGAUACUUGUCAUUGUUUGGUUCUGCAAUAAAAGUAACAUAAUAGAGAAAUCUAAAAACUAAAUUUCUGCAUGUGCAGAGGGGAAAUCUAUGCUUGAUAUACUAAUCUCCUAAAACUCACAUCAAGUUAGAAAAGGCUCCUGUUCAAAAUGAAAACCAGUCCGAAACCUUAGUUUUGCACUAAAGGCAUCACGUCUCCUCACGUGAUGUUCUGGGCUGGACUCAACGCAUAAUAUACAUAUUACUUGGCCCUACUGUAUAUUCCAGUGCUUAUUUUCAGGAGAUCCUGCACGGUAACCUGCCUGGUUGCCCUAUGACCAGGUUGGCAGCAAGAGCCAUGGGAGUAGCUGGAGGGUAAAGCUGCCCCUAAAUCAAAUAAAUAAAAAUAAUUAAAAGUUGAAAUAAUAUUUGAAAUGAAAAUGCUCAUUGUGGUCACUUGUACCACAGAGCAGUCAUUCUUGCAGAGAAUAAAGACCUGGCUAAGGUUGAAGACGACGGGAGCAUCUCAAUCGGCUAUGCUUACUGAGCGUGCACAGAAAAACUAUGGCGGGGAAAGGAGGAAUUUGAGAAGUGCUGAAAAGGUUUUCAGCAAAUCCAAGAAAGCUUGUUUUAGUUUAUAGAUUUAAAAAUAAAAUGGAAAAAGGCAUGUUCUUUGUAAUUUUGCAAAAUACACUUGUUAACCUCAUGAAAGGUUCUCCCUGAUGCAGUUUUUAAAAUUUAACUUCCUAGUUUGCAAACGACUGAAGAUUUGGACAGAUUUUCCUGAGCGCUUGGGGUCAAAAGAAAGUAAUUGAAAAGAGCUGUUGUGGAGACAUUUCAUUCCAAAUCUUGCUAGACAGAGCCAGACAGAGGAGGAUGACAGGUGGGUGUCCCAACAUAAAUCCCUGGAUACGCCCAUGGCGGCAGCCCCCUUAAAACAGCGUUGAGAGAAAUGCACUCGGCACAUGCUUAGACAUGCAGGUAGACACUCACUACCUGCGUGCGACUGCACUGUGCCCUGGGGUGCCAACUUGAAUAAUAUAUUCUGGGGGGGAGGAGGCCCAGUUAAGCCUGCAUAAUCGAUCACAUGAUGGGGCGCACCCACAACAUUUAAAUAAUAAUAAUAAUAAUAAUAAUAAUAAUAAUAAUAUAUUUAUACCCCGCCCAUCCGGCUGAGUUUCCCCAGCCACUUUGGGCCGCAAUGCCCAUCAAACUUUUUUAGGGGAGGGGGCAGACCCCCUCAAAUAUUUUAUUUUUUUGUAGCGGGGGGGGGGGAGGGCGAAGGGACCUCGACCCCUAGGAGUUAGCUCCUAUGCCUGUGCCUUAGCGUAGGCGUAAAUAUAUAUAUAUUCCAAAGCGGGGAUGGCAGCAUCUCUCCCGUCGACCAGGCCCUGCAUAUUCUGAGGCAGGAAGGCAGACCAGCCGGCCUGCUGCUUCCCUCACGGCCGGCCGGGCUACGAAUCCGGGAGCAGAGCCCUCGCGUCUGGAGAAGACCCGAGCCAGCCCUCCUCCCCGCCCGGCCUCCGCCCUCUCAGUCCGCCUGGCAACGGCUGGAACCGAGCCGGGCUUCGCGGCCGACGCGGAAGGGCGGAGCAGGCCGAGCCGGGCCGUGUGGGCCGCGGCUAUGAGAGAGGGGCGUGCCUGAGGAGGUAGGCCUCGCCUGGGCGUGGCGGCCCGCGGAAGCGGCGCGUUGCUUUUGGGGGUUCAGCUGUGCGGGGAGAGGUGCUUGGGUGUGGGUGUCAAAGCAGAGGGCCCCGAGGACGACGCUUGAGGGAGGGAGGGGGCCUUUUAGCAUGGGCAUAGCCAGGAUUUUUGUUAAGGAGGGGACAGGCUUUUGUUACGGGGGGCGGGGGGGGGGCAGAACCUCAUGUGUUGAUUUUGAUUGAUUUGGGGGGCAGCUGGCCCCCUUGGCUACACCCAUGAGUUCCGGUAAGGAUGGAAGUGUCACAGUCAGGGCAGGGGGGUGGUGUAUUUUACUGGGUCAGGGGUGCAAACUGCUCAGGCCCUCCCAAGAGUCCCCAUUUCCCAGGGACAGACACACACACACACACAGAGAGAGAGAGAGAGAGAUUCUCUCUAUAUUUUUAAGGGGGGGGGAAUCUCAAAGCAGUUUAUAACCUAUAUUAAAACAUCAAAUAAAACAACCCAAACAUUACAAAACCAAGUCAAAUAUAAAGCACACGCACUUAGCCGGAAACUGAAAUAUUAAAUGCAGUCUCUUGAAAAGUUAGAGAAUCACAGAAUUGUUGAGUUGGAAGGGACCCCGAGGGUCAUCUAGUCCAACCCCCUGCAAUGCAGGAAACUUCUUUUUCUUUUUUAAAAUAAAUUUUUUAUUAGAUUUUUCCACAAUGAUAACACAAACCACAAAGCAAAAUGAUACACAAAAACGGGGGGGGGAGGAACAAUAAACAGAUAAACAAUAACAACAAACUUAAUUCUUCACAAAUCUAACCUUUUAAACAUCUUGGUUGAUUUGGUUAACAUUCUAAAUCCCAUUUAUUUAAUUAUAACUUAGUUUAAUCCUAGGCCUAUUUGUUUCUUUCAUGUAAUUUCUAAUUUUUUAUAUUACAAUAUUUAUUCAAAUAGUCCUUAAAUUUCCUCUAGUCCUCUUGUGCAAUGCAGGAAUCUCAACAAAAAGCAGCAUUGUUGAGGGCCCCAUCUCUGCGGUCGGUCGGUCCACUGCUAACACAUCUGCCCCCGCCUCCUGGCCCUGUUCCUCCUCACUGUCACAUCCUGCUCACCUGUCCCCUUUGAGCAUACAAGAGAGAAGACAGAGCAGCUUCCUUCACUUGCCUUGUGCCUUCCCUCUGGGGCAGCCUUUCUCAACCUGUGGGUCCCCGGAUGUUGUUGGACUACAACUCCCCUCAUCCCUGAGCUCUGGCCUUGCUAGCUAGGGGUGAUGGGAGUUGUAGUCCAACAACAUCUGGGGACCCACAGGUUGAGAAAGGCUGCUCUGAGGGAACAAGACUGAGGUCAGCAGAGGGGUGAAGGAAGGAGGAGGAAAAUCCAUUAAAUCCAUUCUGAAAAGGGUGCAUCUUGCCCAAGGAGCCCCUGAAGCUGGUCCUGCCAUGUGUUUGUAAGUGUAUGGCAAUGGCAGCUGAUUUGCUCAGAAUAAAAUAGCAAGGGGUCUGGGUAACUGCACACUGUCCAAUGCAUAUAGGCACAAAAAUAUAUUUUAUAGCCUAGAUGACGAAGAGGUUUGCUAAGCAGCUUCAUUGUUCUGUCAGAACCUUCUUCACAGAACUGUGGCUGAUCUAUAUAAUUGUCUUCUUUUUGCUAACAGUAACAAUAAAUAAAUAUUUGGCUAAGCCUUUGGGGAAGGGUGAUUGGGAAUGACAGCCUAUUAUUUCUUUCUACUGUAUUGAGCAUGAUGAGUAGUUGCUGUUUUUAAGGUUAUGUUCAUAUGAUGACUUCUAUGGCUUUUAAUUGCCAAGGUGUCCUGAGCUCUGAUAGCAGGAAGGGCAAGGGAAACAUGUAUUAAAUAAGCAAACAAACAAUAAAUUCAAGAAAAUUGUUUCGGGAAACAAGCUCUGAAAAAAUUGUUGAAGCUAGUGUGCCUUAAGAAGUGCUCCCAUGACAGCCAGUCUGGGACCCUUAGCUUCAUGCAUGCAAGGUAGCUUUUGGCGUAUGUGUAUAAAAGAGCAGCUUUUCUUCCCCACCCAAGUCAAGUAGCAAUUUGUUUUUGAAACUGAGGGAACUUUUGAAAGAAGUUUGGGAUAUGUUAAGAUGUCAAUAGUUUUUUCCCUUAUUUUUUUCCUUUAAACUUCCACUGGGCAGGCCCAAGCUCUUGAACAGACCUAAAGUAAUCUUUUGGUGUUUCCUGGAGUUUUUAAUGGCACCUACAACAGACACAUUCAUGUAAAAUACAAAUCAGAAUAGAAUUUAUUUGUUGUUGUGGCCAUCCUGGUCAUUUGCGAUCAUCAUGGUCAAACCAUUACUACAAAUAAAUACAGUGGUACCUUGGUUUACGAACUUAAUCCGUUCUGGAAGUCUGUUCUUAAACCAAAGCAUUCUUAAACCAAGACGUGCUUUCCCAUAGCAGUGGGGGACUCAAUUUACAAAUGGAACACACUCAACAGGAAGAGAAACAUGUUCUGCUUCCAAGGCAAAGUUCACAAACCAAAACACCUACUUCUGGGUUUGCAGCAUUCUUAAUCCAAGUUGUUCAUAAACUAAGCUGUUCUUAAACCAAGGUACCACUGUAUACAUGGGAUGCGGAUGGCGCUGUGGUCUAAACCACAGAGCCUAGGGCUUGCUGAUCAGAAGGUCAGCAGUUUGAAUCAUGGUGACGGGGUGAGCUCCCGUUGCUCGGUCCCUGCUCCUGCCAACCUAGCAGUUUGAAAGCAGGUCAGAGUGCAAGUAGAUAAAUAGGUACUGCUCUGGCGAGAAGGUAAAUGGUGUUUCCGUGCGCUGCUCUAGUUCGCCAGAAGCAGCUUAGUCAUGCUGGCCACAUGACCCGGAAGCUGUCUGCGAACAAACGCCGGCUCCCUUGGCCUAUAGAGCGAGAUGAGCACCGCAACCCCAGAGUCAUCCGCGACUGGACCAGCAGUCAGGGGUACCUUUACCUUUUUUACCACUGUAUACAUCCUAUCCAUGCUAUACGGUAUGUGCCUAGAUACAGUGGUGCCUCGCAAGACGAAAAACUCGCAAGACGAAAGAGUUUUCCGUUUUUUGAGUCGUUCCGCAAGACGAAUUUCCCUAUGGGCUUGCUUCGCAAGACGAAACGUCUUGUGAGUUCUUGCGAGUUUGUUUCCUUUUUCUUAAAGCCGCUAAGCCGUUAAUAGCCGCUAAGCCGUUAAUAGCCGCUUAGCCGCUAAGCCGCUAAUAGCCGUGCUUCGCAAGACGAAGAGACUCGCGGAACGGAUUAAUUUCGUCUUGCGAGGCACCACUGUACACCAUUAAAAGUCAGUAUUAGCCAAUUGAUACAUAUACAUAUAUAUCUUAAAAUGCAAACCAAAGCAUGAGUUUCUAUAUUUCAUUGAUGAUCAGAUCUUUGCAGUCCACCAUAUUAUCCUUGAUAAACAUUCUUCUUAGUUUUUGGGCAGCAACUGCAAAUCUUGCCAUGUUGUUUAUCACAAACUUAUCAAGUCAGACAACAAAUACGUGAUCUUCACUUAGUAGUCUGCUUCAGUCAUCUUACAUAACAAUUCAAGAAUAUACUUAGCUCUCAGUUCAGAAUACAAAGGACAAUAUAGUACAUAAUGGUAUAGAUCUUCAACUGCCACAUAUACAAAGUCCCUUUUCUACUGGGAUUUUCCUAUAGCGUCCCUCUAAAUAUUCUGAGGGCAUAGUCUGAAAACGCAGACCCAGAAAUGCCUACCUAAAUGAGCAAAUUGGUAAAUCAUACAGAUAGUUUUCAAAGGCAUGUGUGUCUUGCUGUUCUCAUUAGGGAAGAUUCAGGGUCUGGGACUUCUUCUCUAACUCCACCUCUCCCCUCCUCCUGCCCCAAACACACGCAUGUAAGAAGAGGAAGAUAAGAACAUACCACAACAUCCUGUACUGAUGGCACUGCUGAUCAUUAAUAUGUGAUUUUAAAAGGCCAUUCAUGAUAGAAUGGGUUUCCUGUGCUGUUUAAUGUUUCUCAGAUGUUCAGAAUGGGCUGUAGUUGAAGACAGAGUGACGAGUCUAAUAAACCACUGCUUCAAUUUCAUUAGGACAGACGUCAUGAAUUGUAACUGGAUUUAAGAACCACCUAGAUCUUGUUACAAUGUGGGUUUCAGACUGAUGUAAAUGUGGCUGGAUUUUUUUUUUUUUUUUUUGGUGAAAGUUGGGAUGUAGUGACCCAGUGAACAUUGUAUGGAACUAGGCUGACGACUGAGUUUGUAGCAAGCCUUUCACAUGCUCGUCUUGUCCAAAAGCAGAAGCUGAUUGUGAAAUGAUGGUUGGGUAUGGAAAUAGGACAGGAAUGAGGAAGCUGAAUGUUGCACAUGUAGGACUUGAUGGUUGCUGAGUAAGCAGCAAGCUGCAAAAUAUGGCUGGUGGGUGGCUAGUUACUAAUCGUGAAAGGAAUAAUAGGAGCUUGUGAGGAGUGAUGGAAGAAAGGGAACAGUUUAAAAUAAAAAAAAUGUGUGCAUGUGAAAUGCAGAUGUUGUAACACUUUUCGUCUUUCUCUUUCAUUAGAUGAAGGUUAUUAAACAUUCUGAGGAGGUGCUGAAGGCAGCCCUGGUUUCCAAGGACACACAGCUUGCAAAACUUUAUGAGAAGUUUAACCCUAAGGAGAAGGGUUUGCUAAAUGAAGCAUUUCGGCCAGGCAGUGUUCUUUUCAAGCCCAUCACGCUGCAUUCUGAGUCGGACUGGAUCUCCUCACACCCAGAACCCACCCAGGAUUUUGCACAGUUUUAUCAUGACCCUUGCAGAAAGACACCAACUCCCCAGAAAAAUCGGAUUUAUGUUCAGCCCAUUGGUAAUGCUGCCUACAGAACCUUAUGGCCAAUAAAGUAUGCUAACCAAGCUAGGCAGGUUCUUUAAUGAGUCAUUAAAUAGGAACUAAUUAAGCUGGUGUUUUUCAAGCUUUCCACCUUCAGGGAAGCCUUUUCACUUUGAACAGUCUGUGCCUGUCUACCACAGAGUCCCUGGACAUUGCAGCAGAUAUCACUCAUAUUUUGGGGUGCACUUGGUUGACACAGGACACCUGUGAAGCAUCACCAUGUGCCUUAUUGUAUAUCCAGUCCUUUGAAGUCUAGAAAGUGUUUCAUGACACAUAGGAAUUGGUAGAUCAGAAUGAGGUACAUGAGAAGCAUAGAAACCUGCUUUAUAUAGAGUCCUGGGUAACGUCUUGCUCAGAAGUGGGCAGAAAGUAGAUCAGAAUCUGCUGGUAGAUCUCUGGGUGGUUUGCAAGUUAUGCCUAGCCAGGGAGUCUGACUUUCAGUUGUCUAGCAGUAGCAACAACAAAGCGGUUUAUUAUACCUAAAUUAGACUGCUGAAAUAAAGAAAGCUAAAGAGGAGUGGGUAUUUGUGAUGCAGGUGGCGCUAUGGUCUAAACCACUGAGCCUGGGGCUUGCCAGUCGGAAGGGUGGCGGUUCAAAUCCCCAUGAUGGGGUGAACUCCCGUUGCUCAGUCCCAGCUCCUGCCAACCUAGCAGUUUGAAAGCACAUGCAAGUGAAAGUAGAUAAAUAGUUACUGCUCCAGCGGGAAGGUAAAUGGCGUUUCCGUGCGCUGCUCUGAUUUCGCCAGAAGUGGCUUAAUCAUGCUGGCCACAUGACCCGGAAAAACUGUCUGUGGAGAAAUGUCAGCUCCCUUGGCCAGUAAAACGAGAUGAGCACCGCAACCGCAGAGUCGUUUGCAACUGGACUUAACUGUCAGGGGUCCUUUACCUUUACCUUUUUAAACAGGAGAGGCCAUUUGUGUGAAAGGACUGUGAGCAAAACUGAGUUCUAGAAUUGAAAACAAAUUCCUAAGCUCAGAGUUUGCUUAUAGUCACCCUCAUUUAUUCAAACUAAUGUAUGUAUUUUGCACAUGGCUUUGGUUCUUGAUGUUCUAGUAAAAAACAAGGUGGGCCACAAGCCUAAAGUCUUCCCAUCUCUAGUUUGCACUGAGUGGUAGCAGUUCUCCAAGAUCCAGCACUCUGCUGCUGAGCAAAAGAACUUUAAAAAGGGUGUCCUAGUUAUAUAAGUGUAGUUCAAACUUUUGUUUACUUUGUUUAAAAGUCCCACUGAUAUCAACAGACUUAAGUGUACAGGUAUAUCCCAUUGCAAUAAAUUGAAUUUAAGCAUGUCUGCUGUGUUCUUGCAUCAUAUAUACAGCCAUAAUUUUAACCUUUGCUACUUUUUGAGUGCUUGCCUUUGUAGAGUUUUUGCUUUCUGUAUGCUGUUAAAAAUGGAAAAUCUAAAUUUGACCCUCAGAUAAUGUUUCCUGGCUUUGAUAGCCACUUGUGACUGUGCUGGAUAGUUUUGCCAACACACCCCUUUUCACUUUUAUCUCAGCCCCCCACCCCGGCUUACUAUUUGGAAUGGCAGCCAAGACAAUGUGGCUCUCCCUACCAAAAUAUGCAGGAGAUAAAUAUCGUACCCAGUGGGAUAUAAACAGACAGAUAAACCGUGUACAUGUUUACUCAGAAGUAAGUUUAAUUAAAUUAAGUCGGGCUUGCUGCCCAAUAAGUAAGUCUACAUUUCUCUGCAUUGUGAACCUUCCGCCCUAUGACUUAUUAAAUGAGAGAUAGCCAACGUGGUGCCAUCCAAAUGUUAGACUACAACUUCCAUUAUCUCUGGCCUUUUGCCAUGCUUACUUGGGCUUAUGGGAGUUGUAGUCCAACAAAAUCUAGAGGGCACCAUGUUGGCCACUCCUGCAUUAGUUUGGCAAACCAUUAUCUCUCUGCCUUUGUUCCUCAUUUUUAAAACAAGACUAAUGGUGCACAUCUCAGAGUCUUAUUCUAAAGCCAGACAAGAUAAAUACUACAAAUCAUGGGAUGUAUUCAACUAAAUUAAUGUAGUAACUGAAGCCAGCACAAUGAUUCUCACUAGCACAACAUGACUCCCCCCCCCCCCAUGCCCUCCCCAAAUCUGCUCAAAAGCUUUGCGAGAACUUCCAAGACAGCACAUCGGGGAGGGAGGAGAGGGAAGAUUGUUCUUUUGCAAGCCGAAAUGUUUGCAGUGAUGGAAUGAUUUCUUUAGCACUAUAUUGAAUUCAAACCCAUAUCUCAUAUUUUAAAAUAGUACCAUGUAUACAAUAGCUCUUCAUGUAGUUUGAGGUGGGAGGGGGGCAGAACUAUACAGCUGAAGCUAUAACAUGCUGCUUUUCUUCACUGUUUUUUUGUAGGUUCUUUUGGAGAUUCCAGAGUUAGCACAGAUGUCUACAUGAAAUGGCUGAAGGAUUACUGUGAAGCCUUUUACUAUGGCUUGAUUGUAAGAAUCUUAGGACCAGUGCCAGUUUCACACACAGGUUGCCCUUUUCGGAUCAAUGAAAACACAUACAAUCUGCAGAUUCAUGCAGGUAUGAGCAGUCCUUUUUUUCUUUAAAAAACUGUUUAGGGGUACUCUCAUUUUCCUACUCAUAUUGAAAUACUGCCCCUCAAUGAGGCCAAACUUAGAUUCACAAAAUGUUUAGGGGUAUGUGUACCCCUGCGUCCCCGCCCCCCAGGUAAAAAGGAAUGGGUAUGAGGAACAGAUGGAACACUUUUGGAUUGGGACUUUCUCAUGGCGUUAAAUCAAUUUUGCCAGUUCUGUGGGCUAGCUUAUAAAUCUCAGCUGUGUUAAAAUAGCAUUAUGGCACUCUUUUUAGCAAGUAAGAACACUGAAAAUUCUUACUCCUGAAUGACUGGCUGUAAUCAGAAAGCAAAUGAGAAGGUACUCCAAAAGUCUUCAAACUCUCGUGGAUUUUAUGUCAGCUUCAUGCAUUGAGUUUUUUGGAUUCUUCUGUGUGAGCCUGUCAUUCUUCUGUGCAGUUCUUAACCAUGAAGGCAAGAAGGGUGACCGGCGGUUCACACCAGUUGCAAAGAGCAACACUUAGAAAAAUAUAAAACCUAGGAAGCUUCUUCAGAUUUGAGAGUCUUUCUCUGUCCAGCCCAUUAUAGCCUAUUCAGACUGGCAGCUGCUCUUCAAGGUCUUACUAUGUGAGCUUUUUAACUGAGGUUGCCUGGGAUUGAACCAGGGAGCUUCUGCAUAUGCUUUUCCGUUGAGUUAUGGCUCCUCCCAGUACUAGUGCUCCUGUUCAGUUUUUGUAUGGUUUUGUCACCUGUGGGACAAACAACAGCUUUGGGAGGUUGUGUUUGUGAUUUACAGUCCUAUUCAGUACAUGCAUACUCAAGAAUAAGCCAUACUGAGUUAACUGGCUGUACAGGUUUGCUGCCUUAAAGCAGGAAAACAACACUGGAAGUUGAGAGGGUUAAAUACCCUCUCCCCAAGAGCCACUCCAUCUUGCUGUAGCUGCUUUCAACUUGAAAAAUAAAGCGUGGAAGAUAAGAUGACAGGCCCCUCAGCACAUCAUCCAGCUUGGUCGACAGAAUGCUUGUUUCAGUUAACCAUAGCUAAGGCAAACCACAGUUUGUCUCAGUUCUGACAUAGUAGUAAAUUCUACUUCAUUACAAGCAGAAGCAAAAACUUCCCAAUGUUCUCCAUGCCACAUAAGGAGAUGAAGUGAAGAAGGGUGCACAGUACUGUGACUCUCCCUGGCUUAUUCACAUAACAACAAACCAUUACUUAUUGUAUUUGGAUGGAUCUUAUUCACAUUAACUAUAACUGUCUUAAAAUCUGUUGUGUAGACUCUUGAUAGUAGGCAAGAGUUAUGACGGCUAGAUUCCUUUUCAACUGAAAAUUAUUUAUAUCUGGAGGGAAAUUCUGGCUGUGUCCUUCCCCCGGCGCUAUAGAUAUAAGCCUGUGUGGAAGCAAAAUGGGAGAGUACAAAACUGCAGUUUCAUUUGCUUAGUGGUAAACCGAGUGGUAGAUUCGUUGGUUUUGCUGCUUUUCUCUGUGGAGAAUGCUUAACUUGGUGGUAGGUAAAGGACAUAGGUAUCUGGUAUUCCUUUUGUAUAGCAUGGCUUAGCAUUAAGACCCUCUAAAGCUGCUGGAAAAUAGUGGGUUUGGGAACACCCCUCCCCUCCACCAAAAGCAGUCUCUGGGCAAUGUGUGUACAGGGCAAUGUGUAGGCACAGGCUAUAAGCAAGUGUGGAAAACAAGUGUGUAGGCAUAAACUCUCAGCUGGCUGGUGCUCGAAGUGGGCGGCUGAAAGGAAACCAUGACACUCACUUCUUGCUUCCCUCCAGCCCAGCCCAAGCCCAAGGAGGAGGCAGGCUCAUCCUGUUGCCCUUCAGUCCUGAACGUUUCAUGGAGCCUGGGCUGGAACCCAAGACAAAUUUGCACGAUGACUUCAGCACUUCCAAAGGGAUGAGCAGAAUUUGCCUCCCCUGGGUCAGAAGCAUUCUAAAUGCGAUAGGCUCAGUGGUUAGAGCGUGGUGUUGAUAACACCAGGGUCGCAGGCUCCAUCCCAAUAUGGGACAGCUGCCUAUUCCUGCAUUGCAGGCGGUUGGACUAGAUGAUCCUCAGGGUCCCUUCCAACUCUACAGCCCUAUGAUUGUAAGCCAUCACAGGGACACGGGAGCUUUCAGAUCCUGGGCCCUCUUCCAUCAAGCCAAAAAAAAACUUCCAAAAGCGAGGAGACAUACUGGAGGGCACAAUAAAGGAAAUCUCUUUGCCCUGCUCUCUCCCAUAGUUUCCCCCCUGUAUGUUGUUGUUGUUGUUGUUGUUGUUUAGUCAUUUAGUCGUGUCCGACUCUUCAUGACUCCAUGGACCAGAGCAUGCCAGGCACUCCUGUCUUCCACUGCCUCCCGCAGUUUGGUCAAACUCAUGCUGGUAGCUUCGAGAACACUGUCCAACCAUCUUGUCCUCUUUCAUCCCCUUCUCCUUGUGCCCUCCAUCUUUUCCAACAUCAGGGUCUUUUCCAGGGAGUCUUCUCUUCUCAUGAGGUGGCCAAAGUACUGGAGCCUCAGCUUCACGAUCUGUCCUUCCAGUGAGCACUCAGGGCUGAUUUCCUUAAGAAUGGAGAGGUUUGAUCUUCUUGCAGUCCAUGGUACUCUCAAGAGUCUCCUCCAGCACCAUAAUUCAAAAGCAUCAAUUCUUUGGCGAUCAGCCUUCUUUAUGGUCCAGCUCUCACUUCCAUACAUCACUACUGGGAAAACCAUAGCUUUAACUAUACGGACCUUUGUUGGCAAGGUGAUGUCAUCUCUACUUAUUAUCAUUCCAAAUGUCACAUUAAUUUUAAUAGAAAUUGAUAGCUCCAAAAGCCGUCUGGGUUAUGCUAUCACUGUGUUAGGGCAUUUACAAUCUCCUGUCCUUUUGCUUCUGUUGAGAGAGACCUACGUCUGUUGUUCAUACAGGUCACCUCUUGAGUUACCUAAAGAAAAAAAAGCCAAAGGAUGCUUUUUGUAUUGUGGGAGUAACCAUGAUAGAUCUUUACCCAAAGGACUCCUGGAAUUUCGUCUUUGGCCAAGCCUCCUUGACAGAAGGUAUAUACAUUGUUUAUUGUUACAUUAAGUCAUCAAGACUAUAUAUGACUUUAAUUUGAUAAUGAGCUUCUUCUAUCUUUGCACAAAACAUCAGUACAGUGGUACCUCGGGUUACAAACACCUCGGGUUACAGACUCCGCUAACCCAGAAGUAGUACCUUGGGUUAAAAACUUUACCUCAGGAUGAGAACAGAAAUUGUGCCGCGGCAGCAGGAGGCCCCAUUAGCUAAAGUGGUACCUCAGAUUAAGAACGGUUUCAGGUUAAGAACAGACCUCCGGAACGAAUUAAGUUCGUAACCAGAGGUACCACUGUAAGACUGAAUACAAGCCAGCUAUUUUUUGAGCAGUGGGGCUGCUCCAGAAGUGUACUUUUUCUUUUGGUAUAUGUAUUUAUAUAUUAAAAUACAACACACAUUGAGGAGAAAGCAUUUCUUAUUUAUCAGUGCACAUGAUGAGGAAGGAAGAAAGCUUUGAAAAUUGAGGCUGCUUCUGAGGGAGCUGUGCUGCACAUCUUGUUCCACUGCCUACCCUGUGUAGUCAGUGUUAAACUUUGCCACAGAUGGAAUUCAGAUUGGCAUCUUUCCUUCUGGCAAGCUGAAGUUCAACUCUGAAGCUGCAGGCAUCCCACUUGAGGACAGGGUGUGAUGCAUGACUGCAUGGCCAUGAUAGCAGAGCUCAGCUUGUGAGAAUGAAGGAUGUCCUCCACACAGCACAGAGCCUUCUGGCUUAGAUUAAUGGCAUUAUUUACUCACACAGGAUCCUAGAAUCCUUUGUGCAGAUCCAGCAUGGUUCUGACUAUGUAGAUGAGGGGUCAGGAACCUAUGGGUCACCAUCCAUCAUCCCUGACCAUUGGCUGUGUUGGCUGGGGCUGUUGGGGGUUGAGUUUCUCCACUCCUGGUGAACAUCGUUCCCUACCUUCCCAGCCUUUGAAUGGCGGAGCCAGCCUCUUCACAUAUAAGGCAUUGGCAGUAACUAUAAGUAGGCUGAACAGAAACUUUUAAGGCCCCAUGCUAGUAUGAACCUGCAGUGAAUAUGGCUGUGCAGAUUGUUGUGAAAUUUCUGCUGAGAUAGAACAUGGUUUAUUCCUGCACUAGAGCAACUGGGCUUUUCCUUCCUACCCCCUCAGGACAGUGGAUUUCAAACUGGAGAUGAUAGAUGUUCCUGCAGAAUUCCCAGCUUGGUGUUGUGAAAAUGGAUAUUCUUUUGAAAAGGUUCUGCUGGGUUCUUUCGAUUCAAUAAAGGUCCAAUAAACAGUGCAGAGGAAGGGAGGAUUUGCAAGAGGGUUGCAGUACAUCUCUUGACCACAGAGGGGUGGCAAUAGCACAUACAAAAGAGUUUUACAAUGAAGUCUCCUGUGCUGUCUAGGACAGUAGGGCAUUCUGGACCAUGGGGAUAAAACUGUGUGAGAUUGGGUCUCUUCUCAUUUUUGCAAAUAUCAACUCGGGGGGGGGGGGGCGACACUCAGAUAUAGAUAUAGAUGUCAGGGAUAUCCAUUUCCUCCUGUAUCAUUUUCAUGAUAAAACCUACCACCCCCUUCCUGAAACUCUGACCUUUGCAACACACCACCUUGAGGUGUGCUAACGAACAACAGCGCUUACCAAGUUCAGAGGAGGGCCAUACAGAUCUAUGCAAAAUAGAAAUUUCCUUUGAAUGCGAUGAAGUGGCUCGAGUUUUGAGCAAGUCAUUUCCCUAAGGUAAGAGGAGAGUGGCCAGAUUCAGAAGAGGGCUGGACUCCUGCACCUUUAUUAGUCACACACAAGAGACAAUUUCAGUAGGAAAUUCAGUAAUGCAAGUACACUUGCUAAAACUCCCGUCUCUGCACAAACUAUUAAAAGUGCAGGAACCCUGUCCUCUCUUCACCUGACUCCCUUAACUCUUACAGGACAGUAAUGAGGAAGGAUAGGAUUCAAAUGUAAAAAUAAAAUAAAAAUGCUAUCCAUCAACUUGCUUGAAGCAAGUUGCAGCUAAAGGUGGGUGCUCCAGUUCUGUGGUUACUCCCAGCCCCACCCAUGCUUUCUCAGCCUGACCUUAGUCGUACAUGUUCCAUUCCCACACCAAACUUGGAAUUCUUUUUAGAGACGACUGCUGUGGAGCCACAGCUGGCCCCAGGAGUUUUAUGGAGACAUUGGGACCUUAUGAAGCUCACAUGUCUGAGCAAGAACAUUUUUGUAGCUUAUGGGUAAGUUCCCAUGUCACUUCUAGGUGGAAGAGGGGAGGAAGCCUCAUUUCUGAUAUUCUAGAAGUAUUGUACUUGCUUUUCCAGUAGUAUAUUCAGCAUUUUGGUGCUAUUAUCCUGUCACCACAUCCGUCUGCCCUUUAUGGGAGCCUUAAUUUGAUUUCCUCUUUGCAUUGUUAAGGAAUGGGGAUCUUCAGCUUUGCCAGGUAUGACAGCGAUUUUUACAGUGCAAACUACAAAGGCACACUGAAGGCUACAAAGAAGCUUCCUCCAUCUGACUAUUCUGUGUUUGAUGGCUACUAUACCCCUGAGAUCACAAGCAAGCUGCUUCUGAGGUCCUGCAAAGUGGGUGUGCUUUAGAUUCCUAGCACUACAUUUCCACAUCUAAAUGAAAUUGUGUUUUAGUCACAUUUCCUUUAAUUCUUUAAUUAAUUUCCUUUAAUACUUUAAUUCCGUUAAAGUAAGUGGACUUAACACUGUUUAUUUAUUUUACUUCUUUAAGGCCAUUUCUAUACUCUUUAAUAUAUAUAUAUAUAUAUAUAUAUAUAUAUGGCAUACAACCACAAAAAAACACAAUACUUUGUUGCUGGCAGUAAACCAAAAUGAUGAUAUACAGUAAUCCCAGUUUUGUCACGUCACUGUGGCUUGAUGGCCUAGCCAUAGCAAGGGAGUAUUUGGAUCUAGAAUAACAAACUGGAUGUUUAGCAGACCUCCAGAAAAAUACAUGGUUUAUUAAUUUAGUCUUAUUAGGAGUUCGACAUUUUUGUCUUGUGUGUGGCGUUUGGGAGGCUCAUGUUGCUUGGAUGUGCGGCUUUACUUUGGCUACAUGAAACCUCUCAGAAUAGGCCGCUCAAUUCACCUCCCUCUUAAGGCAAUGAGGCUAGGCUCAUCCACCCUGCUUUCCCUCAGGAAAACCUGUUGUUUACCACUGAAUUGGGUUGGGCUUUCCCCCCUGCAGAUUGGUGUUUGUUCCAAUUCAGCAGUAAACUGUGGGUUUUCUUGGGGAAAGCGGUGGGGCAAAUGAAGAACUGCUCGGACCCAUGCCUAGAAAUUGUGGGAUAAGCAGAAGCACGGAUUAACCUAUAGUCAGCUCACAGUUAACCGUUUUGGUUUAACUGGGAAGCAGAUGUGUCUGGAGCUUUGCAUAAGCAAGCCUUUCCUGUGGAAGCCACUGUGCGCAGAAUACAUAAACAGUUAGUUUUUGUUGGGGAAGUGAAAAUAUCAAGUUUUGUUUUGGGAGGGUUUAUUGCGUAAUGCUCUGCGUAACAGCAAGUUCAAGUUCCCUGAAAGAGCAAGAAUUUUAUCACCGUUAAGUGUAUACCUCGUCUUGGAAAAGAGCUAACAAUACAGUACGAUUGAUUGAUUGAUUGAUUGUGCCUCUCUCAUCGGACUGGGUCGCCCCAGCCACUCUGGGCAGCUUCCAAUAUAUACAGAAACAUCAUAUAUUAAAAAGCUUCCCUAUACAGGGCUGCCUUCAGAUGUCUAAAGGUUGUAUAUGUAGUGCCGUGUAGUAGUCUAAAGGUUGUAUAUGUAGUGCCGUGGGGAAUGUCAGGUCCUUAGAACACACGCUCCAAUUGUUCCUUGUUUCAUUUGGUCCUGUGUUUCAGACCCUGACUCACGAGAUUGGGCACAUCUUUGGACUGCAUCACUGCCAGUGGUUAGAAUGCGUCAUGCAGGGCUCCAACCAUUUGGAGGAAUCGGACCGACGCCCAUUGGAUCUUUGCCCCAUUUGUCUGCGCAAGCUACAGUCCGCCCUUGGCUUCAACAUUCUGGAAAGAUACAAGGUACAAAAAGAUUGCCAUUCAGGUUGGAGACAUCCAUCUUUUUUGCCUCUUACUCUAAAACUAAACAUGGGCAAGUGUUACCCCAGCAGUGUAGGAACUACUGCAGGCUGCUUUCAACUUACGGGUUUUUUAGGGGGGUGCAUUAAUGUAGCUUUUGAUUUUACAUCUCAUUUUGUAUUUAACAGAUAGAGUAUUUUUUGCUUAUUUAUUGUACACCACACAGAGAACUUUGUUAUGGGACAGCAUAACAAUGUUGAAAAUGAAAUACCGUAUUUUUCGCUCUAUAGGACGCACUUUUUUGCCUCCAAAAAUUAAGGGGAAAUGUGUGUGCAUCCUGUGGAGCGAAUGCAGGCUCCUUGGCUUCAGCGAUAGCAACGCGAAGCCUCCGAAGCGCAGAGGGAGUGCUCCCUCCGCACUCCGGAGGCUUCGCGUUCCUUUCACUGAAGCCUGGAGAGCGAGAGGGGUCGGGCUUCAGCAGAGAGGGAGAGCUGUGCAGUGCCCCUUCAGCGAAGCGGGAGGAGAAAUGGAAGCGGCUCUGUUUCUCCUGCCACUUCGCUGAAGGGGCGCUGCGCAGAGAGGGGGAGAAUUUUUUCUUCUUGUUCUCCCCCUCUAAAACAAGGUGCGUCCUAUGGUCCGGUGCAUCCUAUAGAGCAAAAAAUACGGUAACUUAAGAGACGAGUUAUCACUUUCUCCUCUGUGACCCCCAUCCCACGCUGCCUCCUUGUACAAACAACCCUGUACAGAUUGUGAGAUUAGAUUGUUGAGGAUUCUCAGUCCUCAACCCAGAUCCACCCUAGAUUUUGAGAGGUGAAUGUCAAUAAGCCACUGAACUGCUUAAGAACUGGUUAUAUUUUAACACAGUAUUUUCUUUAUGAGGAGAUAAAUCCACAGAUCUGCCACACAGAGCCUGAAGAAAUAUUUCUUUGUGUUUCUUCUGCUACGGUUUGUUUCUUUGCUUCUCUUUGUCUUCUUAUCUUCAACAAAUAAAAGCACAAAUAAACUGAAAGGCCCUGGAGAAAGCUGUGGUCAAAAAAAAUGCACAAAAGAAGUCAUUGUUGGUGCAUAAUCAUGGUUCCAUGCCAAACCAAUUGGUUUAUCUUAACUGUUUAUUUUAUUCGACACGACCUUUUUAUAUAAGACUUUUAGUUAGUGUUUGGAUUUCUCCUAGGCACUGCAGAAAUGGAUGGAGGAAGAAGCUACUGGAACAGAAGAAGGGCUUAGCAGUGAAGCAAGGCCAAGUUUGCAGAAACCAUUGGAAGCAUUUAAAGAAAGCUAUGACUGGAUUUCCAAAUGCCUAGAAGUUCUACAGAAGUAA